CCUGUUAAAAAUGAUAUUUUGGAUAUAUUGGUUUGUCUUUUCUUUUUAAAUGUGGUUCUAAAAUAGUGUAAAAUUAUAUAUGUGGCUCUCAUUAUAUUGGACAGUGCUGCUCCACCCUCACUACAUCCAAUCUUAUUUUCCAUUCCUUCCUUCAGCAGGGAAAUUUCUGAGGGUCAGGAAGGAGAAUCUGAACCUAAAUCCUUGAACACCAAGGGAGGCAUGGCUGCCUGGGUCACUGAAUCUUGGGGAACCAAAAUGAGGCACAAUCAGAUGUGUUGUGAGACACCACCUACUGUCACUGUUCACGUAAAAUCAGGCCCGAAUAGAUCACAUCAGCCUAAAAAAACCAUUAAUCUGAAGCGUCCUAUUUUUAAAGAUAGUUGGCAAGCAUCUGAAAAAAAUGCAUAUAAUAACAAAUCUAAACGCCCUAAAGGACCUUGUCUGGUUAUACAGCGUCAGGAAAUGACUGCUUUCUUUAAAUUAUUUGAUGAUGAUUUAAUUCAAGAUUUCUUGUGGAUGGACUGCUGCUGUAAAAUUGCAGACAAGUAUCUUUUGGCUAUGACCUUUGUUUAUUUCAAGAGAGCUAAAUUUACUAUAAAUGAGCAUACCAGGAUAAAUUUCUUUAUUGCUCUGUAUCUGGCUAAUACAGUUGAAGAAGAUGAGGAAGAAUCCAAGUAUGAAAUUUUUCCGUGGGCUCUAGGGAAAAACUGGAGAAAACUGUUCCCUAAUUUCUUAAAGUUAAGGGACCAACUCUGGGAUAGAAUUGAUUAUAGGGCUAUUGUAAGCAGACGAUGCUGUGAGGAGGUUAUGGCCAUUGCACCAACUCAUUAUAUCUGGCAACGAGAACGCUCUGUGCACCACAGUGGAGCUGUAAGAAACUACGACAGAGAUGAAGUUCAACUGCCCCGGGGACCUAGUGCCACACCAGUAGAUUGUUCACUCUGUGGUAAAAAAGGAAGAUAUGUUAGACUGGGAUUGUCUUCAUCAUCAUCUUCAUCCAGUGACACAGGAGAGCUAAUGGAAAAACACUCUCGGGAAUCACACAACUCAUUAUCAAAGGACAUAAUAGGUGCUCCUUCUCAUGCUUAUAGCUAUUCUCAAGUAGCCAAAGACCAUCAAUCAAAGAAAGGAAAGAACACUAAUUUCAUGAAGACAGACAAAUCCAUGGAGUGGUUUACAGGAAGUGAAGAAUGAGAUGGCUCAUCUAAAGCAACUUGGAAUCAUUAGCUACAAAAACUAAAUGCAAGACAUAUGUCAAAAUGGGACAUUUAAGCAGUUUUGCAAAGUUUCACAUCUUUUUUUAGCUUUUGUUCUUUUUCAAAGUUAUAUGUAAAAGUUAUACAAAUCAUAGUAACAGCUAAAAAUACUAAUCUAUGAAACUAGUGAUUUAUAGCUUAAAGUUCUAGUUUGAUAUUUUUCCAUCUUCAAAUAGGUUGCCAUCAUUUGGGAUACUCAGUUAAGUUGUGGUUUGAACUUCCUCAACUUGACAAGAAAAGCUAAUUUAAGAGAAGAAAAAAAAUAAGGUCAUUAUAUUACAUUAAUUAAAAUAAAAAAUAAUUUAAUAUGGCCUGAAAACAUUACUCACCUGUAUGACCAGCUUGCCAAUGUAUAGGUCUGGCAAUAUAGGGAAAUGAUCCAUAUGGAAAAUCAGAAUGUGAUCCUUCUGUUAUAGAACAAAAUAUGUACUAUAAGCUACAUAAAUAUUUUAUAAUUUGUUUAUAUUAACUGUUAAAAUAUUAAUUACUAUCCCUUUACUGAAGUUUUUUCCUCAGUCUUUUUUUUUUUUAAAGCCAUUUGUUUUGGAAAUACUCUGCCAGAAACUAUACAGAAACAAUUCAUCAAUGAUUAUAUAAUAACUUUAUCAUAUGGUUUUAUAACCAAAAGGAUAAGCCCAUAUCAUAAAUCAAUGGAUAUCUGAAAACUUUUUCAUGGUCUAAAUAAUGUGUAUAAUACAACAAGAAGCUAAAUUUAAUUCUCUGAAGAAUUCCAGCAGCAUCUUAGGGGAGAUGCUUUUUGCAAUAAUAGCUAUCUGCAUAUCAGGUCAUAUUAAAUUCAUCAGUAAUAAUAAUCACUGAUCUAUGUUUUAAACAUCCUUUAGUAUAUUUAAAUUAUUCCACAAACCAAGCUCAUGUGACAAACAAUAAAUAUGAAUCAUAGACAAUGUCCAAUUCUUCAAAGAUACCAGAAUUUUAAAAGUACAAAAAGUCAUUAUUUCUUCUAUUCAUUCUAGGAAUAUUUUUUGUUAUAUAAUGGUCAAUACACUUAAGAAUCCAUUCUCCAUUUAUCACAAACAGAUGCACAAAGUAAAAUUGAAGCUCACCAUGGUCAUUCUCUUGAAAAAUCUCACUUUCAACUCCAGUUUCCUUUUGGGUAUGUAAUUGUAAAUCUUUGUUGAUUUUAGGUUCUACUUUUUGAACUAAAAUUCCAUUUUUCUGUUUUGCAAGGCAAACCAACCAAUCUCUGACAAUGACUUCGCUUAUCUUUUCACAUGACAGAGCAAGUUCACAGAUGCGAAUUCCAUCUAAAAGUUCAAUAACCUGUGUGAUGCUUUUAGAAAAGUGAAAAAUAUACCUUUACAUUUCUACCAAAAUAAUAACUCUACAUUUAUUUUAAGUUCACUGUACAUCUUACCCAAAUUUAAGUGAUAUUACCCAAAUUUAAAUGCUAUAUGUAAUUAAAUUAAGGGGGAGGGGAUUAAAAAUGCAAGUUGACACAUAAGUAAUGUCACAUACUAAAUAAAAAAUAGACAUUAAUUUAACUUUAGUGUUCACAUUAUGAUUUGAAAACUUCUUCCCAAUUGUUGGAAGAAACAUGUAUCUUAUUAUUUAUGUAAAAGGAUGAUUUAAAUAGCAAUAUAACUGAAUUUGGACCAUAUGUCAUGUUUUGCCUUAGUUAUAAUAUGAAUGUAUAUACCCAGUUACAAUAUGAACAUUUUAAUCCAGUAUUUAGGAAAAAUAAAAAGUGUAUUUAAAAAUCACAUUAGAAAGAAAAUUGUCCCUAUUACUCACUUUGCUAGAUAUACAGCACAUACACCACCCUGUUUAAGAUUUGGAUAUAAAACAGGCAAAGCAACUUGAGGGUUUAACAUAUCCAAAGCUACCUGUGGGGAAGGGGGAAAAAUGAAAUGCAUCAGUCUGAUUGUUUAAAUAAAGCAUGGGUUUUCUAUUCUUAA